ACAGACCCAUGAUUGGCGUUCUGGAGUUAAUCGCGCGGAAUUGAAAGAAGCGGGAAACGUGGCUACGUAAAAAUAGCGCGUGUUCGACAGCUUCAUUCAUCUCGUUAUUCAUCCAUAAAAAGCUGUUGCCUUCUUUUCCUGGAAGACGUUUGACUUUUCGCUCGUAGGAAGAAAACGGAAAAAAUCGAGAUGCAAAAUCGAUAAUGCGGUUAGAUCUGCCAAUCAUUUACGCGUAACAUCGCGGAAUAUUGAACGACCACCGGCGGCAAAGAAAUGUCGGUGAAGGAACUGAAAGAAAAUUGUUUAUCAAAUGUGGUUGUGGGGAAUUAAAAUUCACAGCACUGCGCCUGUUGUGCAUUUUCACCCCCGCUUCGUUCUACAAACCGGGAAAUGAAUAAAGGUGGCUGCGAUAUAAAAAGAUCUCGAACCGCUCGCACUUCGUACACUUCAUCACCGAUUUUCCUAACGUACACGCAGCCGAGCGGAUACGAAAUCGUUUCGGAAGCACCAGAGUGGAGAUUUUCGGUCGCAGAAGAACACCCCAACGUGAUAUCCAUUAGAUAUGAACCUGACUCUUAUGCUGUCUUGCAUCAUGAUGAUCUUAUUGCUUUUCUGCGGAAGAUGCAAAGCAGCGCCGGGAUUAAUUACUGGCACGCAUCACACCACAAUCACGAAUCAUCAUCCACAUUUGCGCGGAUACGCUAUGGAGGGUCUUAUGAAGGAUCUGGUGGAAGAUCUCGUCGGCGAGGACGACGAUAAUUUACGACUUAGCAAACGUCAGCAACUGGACACCGAGUACGGUCACUGGCGAUUUGGCAAGCGAUCCAAUGACGACGAGGAAUACGGACACUCGCGAUUUGGCAGAAAUAUCGAAUAACACGCCAUUACACCGGAUUCCUCCAACUCGUAGAUCGUGAUCGUGCGCAUAUCCGUGUGCAAGAUGUAGAUAUAAUAUAUUUUACAUUGCAGCUAUUAUAACUGUGUAUUUCGUUUCUCUAUACCUUCUCUUCAUAUACGAUUUACUGCAGAUAAUUUACUUUGCAUUUUUUAUAAGAGUAUUUGAGGAUUUAAAAUUUUAUUGCUUAUCGAUUUGUGUGCGCACACAAUUGUGUCGCUGCGCUUGCUUGGCAGAACAUAUUACAAUAAUUAUAUUUGAAUUUUUUUUGUUAUAUUUUAUAAUAUUUA